AUGACCUCCACGAAGAUAGAGGACGCGUACACGACCGAGUCAGAUGGACGAUUCAGCGGCACGACCUUGAAUUCCGUCAAGUUUCGGCAGUCGACGCACCUCAUUCCCUCACCAGGAUCGUCGGGGAAGCUUCCGAAGCGUUAUGAGCCCCUGAUUCUGACACUUCCGAUGCUCCUGGGCAUCCCUCUUGUGCUGUUGGCGCUGGGUCUUGGGCUGGAGAUUGCUACCUGGAUAUCCAACAAGAACAACGGGUUUCGAGUACCCACAAGCAACGUAUUUGACAUCUUCGGGGACGUCUCGGCCCAGUUCCUUGCGUCCUUCUUCCCUACUCUGCUUGUGAUUCCAAAUGCGAUACUUUGGAGGGAGUUGGACUGGAUGACACGGUGGUACCAGCCCUACCUCGUGCUCCAGAAAGGGAAUGCAAAGGCCGAAGAGAGCCUCCUGCUCGAUUACAUUGCCCUCGGGCCGGUCCUAGCGUUGUUCCGAGCGAUGAACUACAAGCACCGCCUAGUCUUCUGGUCAUCAUUGACUGCCUGCUUGACGUACUUUUUCCAGCCGCUAACUGGUUCUAUCUUCCAAAUCAGAACCAUCCCUCAAAUAGAUCCCCUCGCAGUGACAAAUACCAAGAUUAUCGGCCUCUCAUCAGAUAUUUCGACGCUCGACGCCUUCCUCGGUGCAGCUGGAUAUGUUGAUGCUUCAGUCAUACAUAAUCUGACAGACCCUCAUUCAUCCAAGGAGGGUGGUCAACUGCUGAAUUUGCUGUUCUUCCCAUCAAAGGACUACUUGAAUGGGACGUUGACCUUGACAACAGCAGGCGUUCAAACAAAAGCCAACUGCUCCAAUCCAGUGUCGACAACGCUAACCCCACUCACAACGAACUCGUUCAAUCUCACAUCGACGUCGAUUGACGGCUGCGUCCAUUCCUUAAUAUUCAACUCUACCGGCCAGCAGAACGGCGUGGAUGCCGUUCCCUGUCCGGGAGAUGCGGCGUCUCUGGAUCCCUCUUUGCAACCCGUCAUGUUUUGGUACUUCAAUCAACGCGUCGCCGACAAUCAGCCAGAAGCAAAAACUGUCUUUUGCACUCCACAACUCGCUGCAGCUCAGGUAUUAGUCAAGGCAAACCUGGCUACGAAGACGUUGCUACCCGUAACCGGGCUUGGAGAUCUACCUAAUGGAAAUCUGAACACCGUCUUUGGACCACCGCAGCUUGGGCGGCCAUUCAAUGGAUUAAUAUUCAGCAAUAUCACAACCCAGCUGGACCAAGCUCGCGCCGACACGACAAGGAGUAUGAUACCUGCUGCUGCAUUCCGGGCUGCCACGCAGCUGCCUGAUGGCCUUCAGUCGACUUUCGACUUCGUGAACGGCUUUUUGGACUUAACAAGCAAACUUUAUACCCGCCAUCUUGCUAUUGGAGCCAAAUCACUUUUCUUCGUGAGCCCGCCCUCGGCGCUAGUGCCACUUCAAGGAGAGGUCGAGUCUCUUGUUCCAAGACUGAAGAUAGAUCCUCUGCCUGCCCACAUCCUUGCCUGCAUUCUCAUCUUCACUGGGAUUGGUGGAAUAAGCAUCCAAGUCAUCCUGCGCAACAAACGCAAGAAAUUGCUCCUUGCUGCUCCCCCAGGAAGCAUUGCUGCCGUCGUGGCCCUCACUGCACGAUCAGGCUUUGGCGAGCUCCUGCUGCCGUACGAUGACGAACUCACUCUCGAGCGGAAGCUAGAUGGGCUGCGCUUCAGACUUGAUCGGCGAACGGGGGCAAUCCUCGCAGAGGAAGACGAUGGUGCGGCGUAUGGGGUUGCUCUGGGGAGGGACGAUGCAAUGCUGUCGUUGCUCGGGAAGCGGUUUGGGAAGGGCAAGAAGAGCAAGAGGGGCGCGAAGGGAUCAGAUGAAGACGCGGAUUUGGACCCAGAGGCCUCAUCAUCGUACCUGGCUUAUCAGGCCGCAGUAGGGACGCUGCCUUGGUCGAAGUCAUGGGAGCCUUCGUCCUCCCAGCCAUUGCUUGGCCCUCUGACGACGCCUUUCACGCCUACGACGCCGAGCCACCCCCCUCAAAGCCAUUCUGCCGAACCUUCCAGGACAGAGUACGUACCCUGA